AUCAUUUUUACUUCAUAGCUCCAACACUCGAACCAUUGUUGAAAACAGGGGAUUUCCGGUGAAAAGAUGGCGAGUGGUGGAUACGGAGACCCGUCGCAGAAAAUUGACUACGUCUUCAAGCUGGUGUUGAUCGGAGACUCUGGGGUUGGGAAGUCGCAGAUACUGUCUCGGUACGCGAGAAACGAAUUCAGCAUGGAUUCCAAAGCCACCAUCGGCGUCGAGUUCCAGACUCGAACACUUGUAAUGGACCAUAAGAGUGUCAAGGCUCAGAUCUGGGACACCGCAGGCCAAGAACGGUACAGAGCGGUGACGAGUGCGUAUUACAGAGGAGCGGUUGGGGCGAUGCUGGUGUACGACGUGACUCGGCGUCAAACAUUCGACCAUAUCCCACGGUGGCUAGAAGAACUGAGAGGUCACGCAGACAAGAACAUUGUGAUUAUACUCAUCGGGAACAAAUCCGAUCUUGAAGAUCAACGUGCAAUCUCGAUGGAAGAUGCCAAAGAAUUCGCGGAGAAAGAAGGUCUUUUCUUCUUGGAGACAUCGGCUCUAAACGCAGUCAACGUGGAGACUGCUUUCUCGACUGUUUUGACUGAGAUUUUCAACAUCGUGAACAAGAAGAACCUCGUUGCUGGAGAAGGACAGGGUAAUGGCGAUGCCGCGUCGCUUGCUGGUAAGAAGAUCAAUAUUGUUCCAGGUCCUGCUCAGGUGAUUCCCACCAAGAAUAGAUUGUGCUGCAACUCUUAGAACCUUGAACCUUUGCUUUCGUUUUUGUUUUGGGGAUUUUCUUUGAACUUGAGUUUUGUUUUGGUUUGAAUUGUUCGUAGAGAUCAGAAAAAAAAAAUUACCU